UAACGCUGUGCGGAAGAUGAGGAGCGGGAAAGCCUCCUGUGCCCUGGAGACUGUCUGGGAGGACAAGCAGAAGUAUGGGGAGGCCGAGCGGCGUUUCUACGAGCAGGAGGCCACACGAGCCGCCGCCACCCAGCAGCUCCCGGCUGAGGGGCCAGCCGUGAAUGGGCCAGGGCCGGAGGAGGCCAAGGACGCUGAGGAGGCCGAUGCCCCUGACGGCAGCAGCACGAGGGACCCCAGGAAGAGCCACGACGGAAAGAAGCCUCUGCAGAAGAAGAGGAAGCGCUCCCCAAAGAGCUGGUUCGGCCAGGCAGACCUGGCCCUCGUGGGCCUCUCAGCCGACCACGUUUGGCUGGACAAGCCAAUGUUUGACCAGGCAGAGAGCUCGUACCGCCAGAGGCUGGCAGAUGCGGCCGCCCAGCCAGCCUCCCCGGCCCCCCGGGGCCCCUGCACGCACGGAAGCCAGGUGGCCUGCCACCACGUGACCUGGGGCAUCUGGGUCAACAAGUCUUCCUUCGACCAGGCCGAACGGGCGUUUGUGGAGUGGUCUCAAGCCUUGCUGUUGGCCGCCGACGGGAGCGGCGGGCAGGGGGCUUCUGACAUGGGCCAGCAGGCAGCCGCCCCCGACCUGGCGCCCACCCACCAGCGCAGCCCCCUGGCCGACAGCCAGUCCCCACGGGGCAGCCUGCAGGCGCUGGUGCAGGAGGUGUGGCUGGAAAAGCCCCAGUACGAUGCAGCGGAGAGGGGCUUCUACGAGGCCAUGUUUGACGGCCACCCCCCCGGGAAGGUGCGCCUGCAGGAGCGAGCGGGCCAGGCUGAGGGGGCCCGGCGGGGCCGCAGAGACCGGCGAGGCCGAAACGCCGUGGGAAGCAAGCGGGCCGGGCCUCGGCGGGUUGAUGGGGAGGCCUCCUCUGCCCUGCCCUACUGGUACUUCCUGCACAAGGACGCCGAGGCCCCCUGGCUCAGCAAGCCUGCCUAUGACAGCGCAGAGUCCCGUCACCACGCUGCUGAGGCCCUCCGCAUGGCCUGGCGCCUCGAAGCUGCUUCCCUGGCUCACCGACCUGGUGCCCGGCCUGGCCCGUCCAUGUCCAGCCUGAGACCCAAGAAAAUGGCUACAAACUUCCUAGUGCACGAGAAGAUCUGGUUUGACAAGUUCAAAUAUGACGAUGCAGAAAGAAAAUUCUACGAGCAGAUGAACGGGCCUGUGGCUGGCUCCUCGCGCCAGGAGAACGGCGCCAGCGUGAUCCUUCGAGACAUUGCAAGAGCCAGAGAAAACAUCCAGAAAUCCCUGGCCGGCAGCUCGGGCCCUGGGGCCUCCAGUGGACCCAGCGGAGAUCACAGUGAGCUUGCCGUCCGGAUCGCCAGCCUGGAAGUGGAGAAUCAGAGCCUGCGAGGCGUGGUGCAGGAUCUGCAGCAGGCUGUCUCCAGGCUGGAGGCCCGGCUGAGCGUGCUGGAGAAGAGCUCGCCUGCCCAUCGGGCCACAGCCCCGCAGACCCAGCACGUGUCCCCCAUGCGCCAAGCGGAGCCCCCUGCCAGGAAGGCGGCCCCUGCCGCAGAGGACGACGAGGAUGAUGCCAUCGACCUGUUCGGCAGCGAUGAGGAGGAGGACAAGGAGGCAGCGCGGCUGCGCGAGGAGCGGUUACGGCAGUAUGCCGAGAAGAAGGCCAAGAAGCCUGUGCUGGUGGCCAAGUCCUCCAUCCUCCUGGACGUCAAGCCUUGGGACGAUGAGACAGACAUGGCCCAGCUGGAGGCCUGCGUGCGCUCCAUCCAGUUAGACGGGCUGACCUGGGGGGGCUCCAAGCUGGUGCCCGUGGGCUACGGCAUCCGUAAGCUACAGAUCCAGUGUGUGGUGGAGGACGACAAAGUGGGGACCGACCUGCUGGAGGAGGAGAUCACCAAGUUCGAGGAGCACGUGCAGAGUGUCGACAUUGCUGCUUUCAACAAGAUCUGAGCCCGAGCACCGGGCCUGGGUGUGGGAGGCCCUGCAGCCAUUAAAGACUGAGAUCGCA